UGUAGAACCCUCCAGGCAUUCCAGCAGCAGAACCCCUCACCAGGCAGCUGUUGCUAGGAGCUGGGCUGUGUUUGCAGCACCGAAGGCUGCGAGAUGGCAGAGCAACGUGGGUGUCUGAGCUGCCCAUGGGGCCCCACCACCCCUCCAUCAAUGCCUACAGGCCACCUGCACUCCACUCCAGAACCUGCUCCAUCCCAGGAUGCUUUUGUGCUUCCCAAGCUGCUUACGACCCGUCCAGAAGUCAAGUGCACGUCCUCCAAGCUGAAGAAAGGACAGGGAGCAAUUAAAGCUCUCCUAAAAUAUUUAGAAACAGCUGAGCGCAGCCCGCGCUCUGCAAUGGCCUCUGUGCCACCCAAGAGGAAGAGAAACACCAGAGCCACGCGACAGGGCUGUCCCCAACAGCAGGCACCGUCCUUAUCAGCUGACAGAGGUAAACCCCGUGGAAAUAUUUCUCCUACCUCUGAAGUGAAGCUUGACAAAGCCAGGCCUCGUGAGAACAGAAUGUGUGGCGAGGCAAACCCUCAAGAAAAGCAGCCAGAAGAACUGAUACGAGAAGUGCCAAUGGCAUCGGGACCAUAUUUUUAUAUCAGUGGAUCUAAUGGAGCAGGACUUGUGAGCAUCUAUUGCCAGAGCAGAGGCUGGCAGCGUAUCUAUGACAACAGAAGACAGGAUUACGCACUGAAAUGGUGUGAGAUCAAGUGCCGAGAGACCUAUUACCAUUUCAAAGAAGGCGAACAGCUGCUCUACCAGAUUCCCAACAACAGUGUCCUCACCAGCAAGACUGGGCUUUUAUCCUGCCUGCGAGAGCAAGAGCGAGUGAUGAAAAAGAUCAGCAGGAGCCCUAAUCCCAAGUUAUUGAAGAUGGAAGAAUUCUUUCCAGAAUCUUUUCGCUUGGACUUAAAAGAAGAGAGAAAUGCCUUUUUUGAGCUUUGCAAAGAAGAAGAGAUGUGGAUCUGCAAACCAAGUUGCUCUAACCAAGGGCGAGGAAUUUUCCUGCUGAAAAAUCCCGAAGCUGUCACCACCCUGCAAGCCAAGCUCUACAGCUCUGAGGGAGACCUACCCCGUAAGAGGGUGCCCUGUGGGGCUUCCCAUACAAGAAUAGUGCAAAGGUACAUUGACCAACCUCUGCUCCUGGAAGGGAAGAAGUUUGACGUCCGUUCCUACCUCCUCAUUGCCUGCACAGCACCAUAUGUGUUGUUUUUUGCCCAGGGCUACGUCCGGCUGACCUGUGGCAAUUAUGAUGCCACAUCUGAUGAUCUGACCGUUCAUCUCACCAACCAGUACGUGCAGAAGAAGAACUCCCUCUACAGCCAGCUGAAGGAUGAGACAGUUUGGCAGAUGGAGCACUUCAACAGCUACAUUAAUGAGAAGUUUGGGAAAACCAAUGGCCUCCCACAGGACUGGGUUUUCACUGUGUUUACUAAAAGGAUGCAGCAGAUCAUGUUGCAGUGCUUCCUGGCAGCCAAGCACAAACUGGAUCGUAAACUGGGCUACUUUGAUCUCAUUGGCUGCGACUUUUUGAUUGAUGAAAACUUUAAGGUCUGGCUUCUGGAGAUGAAUGCAAACCCUGCACUGCACACCAACUGCAAAGUCUUGAGAGACAUCAUCCCCAGCAUCAUCUACGAGAGUCUCGAUCUGGUUCUCGAGAUCUUCACCAAGUGCCUCAAGGGACAGAACGUGUUGCCUUUGAAGACGCUCUGCCGCUUUGUGCUUCUUUACAAUGAGGAUGCUGCAGACCUGGGCCAGAAGCAACCUCGGAAGCUUAGCACCAGGUCGUGCACAGGAAGGUACCUGAGGCCACACACAGACAGCACCGGGCACUUCAGGUACAGCCCUGCCAAAGCUGCAGGCCUGUCCCCAGGAGCUCAGCUGCUUCAGAAGAAAGAAUGCCUUGCUGCCUACAAAAGGCAGUCAGCGAGCUGUCCUAACCAUACUGCACGUGCAACAGUUUGAUCACCACAGAUAACCACACUGGGUCACAGAGCAAAAGGCUUUUCACAACUUCAGAGAGACAGAAAGAAAAUAAAAGUUAAGCUUUAUGC